UCAGACAUUCCACCCAUUUCUCCACGCUGGCCGACCCGUAGGGAUGAGGUUUGUACUGGUCAGGCUGCUUCUCCUGGCAUCUCCGGGAGCUUUGCACUACUCCACCAUGACGCAUGAGGAGACGAUUCCUGAGGAGAUCCUGAGGAGUAUGUUACCAUUGGCCGCAAAACAACCCAACUCACGCUCAACAAUGGGCCCAGUCAUAAGGUUUAGCCUGAAAGCAGAAAGAAUUAACAAUAAAUAUUGCUUAAAAUUUUAUGUCAUUAACAUACAUAUACAUCUAAAGCAUGCCUCAUGUUGUGUGGUACAGAUGAAAUGCCUCUUCAGACAAACCUAGUACAUAUUUUUGUGCCUUGAAUAAAAUUAGGAAAAUGAGAUAUGAUUUUAACCAUUAUUACUAGGAUGUCCCAGUGUGUGGUCACUGAUGCCUGUAACCUUCAAUGUAAGAUCGGACAAGCGGACACCUGGGGUAGAUCAUGUAGCAGACAGGGCACAGCGGAGUGACACCGGCCACGUUUCAGGGCCGUCGCUCACCAGGGAGAGACACGUGAAUGAGGAGCUGAAGAAAGCACUGUACAGCAUGGAGCAGAUGAAGGAGGUUAUGGAGGAGAAUGGGGAGGAGCACAAGACAGAAAUGAAAAGAGUCAUAUAUCUCUUCUUUCAUAUAUAUAUAUGUGGAAGUAAUGAAGUAGAAAGAAAUAGAGCCUGGAGAAUCCCGAGGAUGGAGGACUCAUUUAGCCGGCUGCUGGAGCAGAUGAAAGCUCUGUAUGACGGGAGCCUUCUGCUCGUGACUAAGCUGCAUAAGCACCUAGGUGAGGCUUUCCAGACAGCCUUCGCCGUCAAUAACUCCCAGAGCCCUACUGCUGCCCCAGACGCGCUGGACACAAGCUUCUUUGAGGGGAUCAGCCUCGAGGACAUCCUGGAGUCCUUCUUUGACUUCGGCAGGAACAUAUACCAGGAGCUUAGCUCGGUGACCAAGUGGGUGUUUGACAUGGGGCACGAACCUGUGGAGGGAAUGGAGCUGCCAACAGAAACCAUACCACCCUCCAGCCAACUGCCACAGACUCAGCAGCUGUGCAGAGAUGUGCGCAGACGGACGUCAGAGUGCUGGUGGCUGCGGGCCCGCUGCGAGGCCUGCCAGAGGCCGUCGUUGAGAGAAUGUCCAGGCCUUGGAGAGCUGUGGGUGAAGCUGAGUGAGGUCUUCCAUCUGCUGGAGCUCUCCCGUCAGCACUGCCAGGAGGUGCGGCAGAUCGUCCAGCGUCACGUGGUGCAGAUGGGUGGUGACGCCUCAGGUGGAGACACCAUUGUGGAGGUGAACAUCCUGAACUGUCCCAUGCUCUCCCUCAUGGUGCCAUCAGAGCUGGAGCUCCAGGAUCCUGCCUUCAUUAGAUAUGUGGCCCAGGAAGCCCUGGCCAUGUACAAGAAAAUGGUCAGGUAAGGGUUAGGUUUAGGGUUAGGGUUAAUGCUCUGUAAGGGCCAAGGCUGAGAGUGAGGAGAGAAGCCCAAACCUGAGAGCCCAGGCCAAUCGCUGCUCUCUGACCUGAGUCGCCGCUCCCUGGUACCCGCUGGCUGUCCUGGGCACACCUGACCAAAACGUCACCUGCUGGCUCAUCACCCUGGUGCUCCCUGGUACCCGCGGGCUGUCCUGGGCACGCCUGACCAAAACGUCACCUGCUGGCUCAUCACCCUGGUGCUCCCUGGGCCGACAGGCACUUAAGCUCUGCUCGAUUUAAGUUCACAGGCCACAGUCCACUGAAGCAGCAUGGGAACUGCUUUGAUCUGGAAAUCCGUCUCAGGCAGCUUAAACAAGCGGGUAUUCAGUCAUAAAAUACCGACCAGAAACUUCUGAUUUUUUAGAUGGGGCUUUUCUUGAUUGGCCUGGCUGCCUUCCACAGUCCAAAGACACGUUUCCCCCCAUGGUCCAAAAACAUUCUGAGGCUAAGUGGAGUGGCUAAAUUGUAAAUGG